CAGCUGCCAUCUCGCGCAGGCAGAGCCGCAGAGCACACCACGCCAAAAACUACCCGCGCGCUGCAGCGCAGGCGCCAGCUCUCUCGCGAUGGGGGAGGGAGGAGUAACGUACCAGCGGCUGCUCUCGUCGGGGAGCCAGCGGCCGUCCCGCAGCGUGCGGGCGUGGGUGCUGCUGCGGUGGGCGGCAGUGCGGCUGGGCUGCGCGGCGUGGCGGCGGUACUGGUGCGGCGCCCGCGCGCGGCGGCUGGCGUGGCCAGGGCUCUGCGGGAGGGCCUCGGCCGCCGCGCCGGAGAGGAAGGGCGGCAGGAGGAGCUCGGCGGUGGCGGCGGCGGGGGUGGUUGUGGGGUACGACUCCGCGAGCUACGCGCGCAACUUCGACGACGGGGCGUGGAAGGCCGAGGAGGGCGUGUCCUGGGCCGGCCCCGGCGGCGCGUUCCCCCGCGCCACCAGCGACGGCGACGCCACCACCGCCGGUGAUUCCCUUCCGAGCUCUACUUGCUAACCGAUUAUAUGUUAGCGUAAUGGGAUCGGAUGCAUUUCUCAGAAUUGUAGCCGUGUUCUUCUGGACUCCAAGUUUACAUUCUUCAGCUAUGCAAACAUUGUGGACCUACUUGCCCAGGGGGAAAAAUUCAGUUCUUUUAGCACCUGUAUCCAUUUUCAUCCUGUCGUUUAGUACUAGCAGUAAAACUUUUUCAGAAAAUUGACAGGCAAUUAGUAACCGUGCACGCGCAUUAGAACAAAUGCCGAUGCAUGGAGAAGACUCAAGUCCAGGGAAUCUAAUAGAAUUUAUUUCGCGAAGUUAGGCUGGUGUUCAGCGUUUGGCCUGGGCAGCGAUUCAGUGAUCCGGGACAGCUUGUUCCUUGUUCAUUGCACCUGUGUCGGUCUGAUCAGAAUCUGUUUGUAGCUGUCGCUGAACUGAA